AUGUAGCAAUAAUUUUUCACAAAACUUUAAAGCCAAAUCAACUACUCCAAUUCAGAAAAGAAGAUCAGAAGUUCACCAGAGUACUAAGAAAUUUUGUCCAAAUUGUAAACUGGAGGAAAAGUAUUAAAAUAUUCAGAUGAUGAAUUAGAUGUUAAUUUAACAUCUAAUUUUGGAGAUAAAAAAAUUAGAUAGAUCAAAGUGCCAGUACAAUAAUUUAUUUUAUUUAAGGUUUGUAUAGAAGAUUGCAACCAUGAGAUAUUUGACUUGUAUGACAUUUUCUUGUAUAAAGAAUAAGUCUAAUGUAAAAAUUGCAAAAAAAAAGCAACCAAAAAAAAUAUCAAAAGAGAAGAAUUUUAUUCUUUGAUAAUUUAAAACAUGAGUGAGAAAUGCUUUAGUUGUUCCAUAGUAGGUAAGUAAUUUUUCCAUUCUUUUUCAAAAGAUAUUUAACCAAAAGCUAGAGAAUUACUAAUAAAUACAGAAUAUAAAUAAUUAUUUGUAGAUGUUAUUUAGAGUUCUAAACCUAAAAGAAACUAAAUAAAAGAUAUCUUACUUGAGGAAAUUGAUAAAAAAUAAAGAGAACUUACUUAAAAUAAUAAUAUUCAUAUUAAUAGAAUUGUGGAAUUCCCUUUUCAGUGUUUAAUCAAUUGUUAAAAAAUUAUCAUACCAAUUUAUUUAAAUGAAUGUAAACAUUUAGAUUGUUAUGAAUUCACUAGCAUACUAAAAUUAAUUAAUGAUAAUAAAAAAUUACCUGAGAUUUAUUAAAGAAAAUUUGUUAAAUGUUUUAAAAAAGAUUGUAAGACUUAAAUUCAUCUUGACAUAAGUUAAUUAAAGUAGUAAUUGAUAUUUCCUUAAGAACUUGCCAGUGCUAUUUCAAAAGACUAUCCAUUUUCUAUGAAAUUAGUAUGGGAUUUUUAGAAAAGUGGAUUUGAAUAUUAAAAAAUAAAAAUUUAGGACUUUUUAUAAAAUAUAGGUUUAAAAUCUACUUUAUAAAAUGAACCAAAUAUUGACUAUUAAAUAUUGAUUUUACUUAAGAAAAUAAUUAAUAAAGAAAUGAGUAACUAAUUAUAAAAUAAAUUAAAUUUUUCUAAAUACAAAGUUAAUUUAGGUUAAAUUUAAUUUCCCUGUAGAUGCAUUUAUUGUGAAUUAUAAAAUGUCAAAGACAUAGAGGAAUUUAUAUUAUAACAAAUUAGCCAAUAAAAAUCAAAUUCAUUCACUUGUCCAGCUUGCAAUUAUAUACAUUAUAAUUAUGGUUCUUUGGAAAAAAUUAUUUAUUUUGAUAGAUAUCUAUAUAAUACUUAAUUAAAAAAAUAAGACCAUUAAUAAUUUGAAUACAAUAAAGAUGAUGAUAAAUUUUAGAAAUUUUUUUUUUAACAUCAACAGAUUGACUUUAAAUAAGUGAAAAUAAACUAUUCAAAAAAUAACAUUUACCCCUAUUCUAACUAGUUUUGUGCAUUGACUAGUAAAAAGAUUAAGUAACCUCUGACAUUGAUAUUUUGUAAAGAAAAAAGAACAGUUGAAUUGAAAUCCCUAAAAAAGUUUUUAGAGAAAAAUAACUUUAAUUUUUAUAAUUUUCCAAAAUGCGUUUGCGCAUUUUGUAAGGCAAAAGAAUCUUUAGAAAUAACAGACUUUUAUUAUGAUCCUGUUUAUUAUCAAAUAUUAGCAAAUUAUUAAGAUUAAAGCUUAAAUGAAUAUAUUAAAAGCUAACUGACUAGUCAAUAUCUUGAUAAUAAAAGGGUUACUGAUGAAAUUCCACAAAUAAAAAAAAUAGUUUAAAAAUACAAUGAGUUAAAAUAAGAAUAAGAGUUAUAAUAAUAAUAAAGUUAAUAAUUAUAGUAAUAAUAAUUGUUAUACUAAUAGUAAUAGUAAUAAUAAUAAUAGUAUUAAUAAUAAUAUUAAUAAUAAUACUAAUAAAUAUAAUAAUUAUAAUUAUUAGUGUAAUAGUAUGAAGAAUAAUUGUAGUAAUAAUAAUUUUAAUAAUAAUAUUAAUAAUUCUAAUUAUAGUAGGAGCAAUAAUACUAGUAGCCAUCAUACUAAUACUCAUAGCCAUUUAGAGCAGAUUAAUCAUAACAUCAUCGACCACUUCAAUAAAAUUUUAUUAGUUAAUAAAAUAACUAAAAUUCAGAACACUAAAGCCCUUAAAUUAGAGAAACAAGUUAACCUAUAGAUACUACUUAGAAGGGGAAUUAGCAAUAUAUUUUUAUAGAUGGCUAAUUAAUACCCUUAUAACUUUAUUAAAUGAGAUAAUAAUAAUGAU